GCAGCUCCGGACAAAUCUGAGGAGCACAAGCUGCUGUGGAGAUGACAGGGCUUGAUCAGAUGUGUCUGCAUGAGGGGAGAUGUAGCAGUCCUGGCAGAAAGGUCAUAGCCAGGUCAGUCUGCAACUGGAGAGAACAGUCUUUGCCCGUGCACUGCUCGUGUCACUGGCUGUGGCAUCUCCCCCCAAGUGCAGCAGGACCAGACUGAGAAGGAGCAGAAGCAGCCAGAGGAGAGGGUGGCCCAGCAGCUGAGGCACACAAAUAAGCUGAUGCAAGUCCCUGGGAAGCAGCAAGCUGGUGGCACCAUGGUCUGGGGAGAUAAGACUCUAGGAGAGUUAUAAAGCAGAGUGAGGCUCCUGCAGCCCAUACUUGCACAGCAGACAACACUUUGCAGAGACGCCAUGCAGUUCCUCCUGAUUCUUGCCUGCUUGGGAGCAGCUGUUGCUUUCCCUGUUGACGAUGAUGACAAGAUUGUGGGGGGCUACACCUGCCCAGAGAAUGCUGUCCGCUACCAGGUGUCCUUAAACUCUGGGUACCACUUCUGUGGGGGCUCCCUCAUCAGUGACCUAUGGGUAGUGUCGGCUGCUCACUGCUACAAAUCCCGUAUGGAGGUAAGGCUUGGUGAGUUCAACAUUGAGAAGCUGGAAGGGACUGAAGAGUUCAUUGGAGUUGAAAAAGCCAUCCGCCAUCCUAAAUACAACUCCUGGCUCCUGGACAAUGACAUCAUGCUGAUCAAGCUGAAAACCCCAGCCAAGCUGACGCAAAGUGUUAAUACCAUUCCUCUGCCCACUGCCUGUGUGGCUGCUGGGACUGAAUGCCUGAUUUCUGGGUGGGGAAACACCCUCAGUGAUGGCUAUAACUUACCUGAGCUCCUUCAGUGCCUGAAUGCUCCAGUCCUGACUCAUGCUGAGUGUGAGGCAUCUUAUCCAGGAGAUAUCACUGAGAACAUGAUCUGCGUGGGAUUUCUGGAGGGCGGCAAGGACUCCUGCCAGGGUGAUUCUGGUGGCCCAGUUGUGUGCAACGGGGAGCUCCAAGGGGUCGUGUCCUGGGGGAUCGGCUGCGCUCUGCCAGGUUACCCAGGCGUCUACACCAAGGUCUGCAACUACCUUGCCUGGAUUGAGGAGACCGUGGCUAGUAACUGAAGCAUCCAUUUUCCUCGGGUUUUGCUGAGGCAUUUCCUCCCUCCACAUUUAUUCAUCUCUGAGAAGAAACUAACAUAAACAAAAUCAUCCUUGAGUCAUGUUUGCCAUUUCUUUCAUCGGCUAAGCCCCUGCCUGCCCAUGGGCCUCCCAAUUUCUCUCCAUUGCCCACCUCCUGCCUCAUCCAAGUCAGGGACUGUCUUGUGUUCCCAACUCUCCCCCAUGCCAGGGCACCUGAGUUCCCUCAUCACAGUUUGCUCUGGCACCUGCCACCCUCUUACACUAAAGUGUG